AUGUCGGCCGACCUCCAGUGGCUCGUUAUCCGCAAGUGGAACUCGUUCAUGCGCCCUGCGCAGAACGGCCCCGUCUUCUCGUCGGAGAAGGGCAACCUCCUCAACAUCCACUCGGGCAAGUACUCUGGCCUCGCCAACAACAAGGUGAUCGACAUCUCGGCCAACGCCGACGGUGCCAUCUCGGUCACCAAGACCGUUGCCAACGGCGGCAAGGUCGCGUCGGCCCGCAAGUCGACCACCCUCCGCCGCUCGACCGGCCCCCGCCGCGCGAACAAGAUCGCUGCCGUCGAGACCGCCACCAAGGGCUUCCGCGCUGACCUCCGUCACGCCGCCGUUGCCCGCAUCUCGGCCCUCACCCGCGCCAACCGCGUUUCCGCCAACCCCCCCAAGGAGUUCGCGGCCAAGCAGCGUGGCAAGAAGGCCGCUGCUGCCGCCGACGAGAACGCCAUCGAGCUCGACUAA